AUGGCCCUCGAAACUUCAGGCGGUGCGCGGGUCUUCGCUGGGCGCUGGCACUCUGCGAUGAUCACCCGGGACCACCGCCUCUACGUCUGGGGUCACCCCAGCAACCGAAAGCUGGGCCAUGCCGGAUUCAAUCACGACGGGACGGAGGCCGGCGAGAAUCCCGGCGUUUGCGGUGGCAAAGCAUCGCAGAAGAACAAGGCGCGCCCUCCGGGUGUUGCCGUGCGCAGUGCGCUACGUGAUGCCGUACGCAGACCCCGCUUGGUCUUCGCAAUGCUGCACCGGAGGGUGAGGAGCAUUGGCUUGGGUGACGAGUGCACCGUCGUCGUCUCUGGUGACGGUGGACGUGCGCAGGAGGAGGAGCCGAUGGGCAUUGGGUCUGCGGCGGUGUCGGAGAUGAGCAAGAUGUCGGGAUUGCAGAUGGACUUGCCAGACCUGGAGGCCCUCGAAGCACCCUGCGAGGAAGAGGAGGCCGAGGUUGACGUGCGCGAAGAGCAAGAAGCACCAGUUCCUCACGAGACGCGCUUCUCGCUGUGA